GAACCGCACCCGGCCCGUUACUCAGCUGAAAAUGCCGCCAAAAGACUUUCUCGUCUGGACACUUAUUCUCCGAACAUUUUUGAGAAUCUGGAUCAGCUGAAAUCGUUCUUCGUAGAAGGCAUCAGCGACCGGAUCCCACUUGUCCAGGUGAUCGUGCCCAAGAGCCAAUCCCAUUCUUUCAUGACUCAGGGAUCUCCUGACAUGAUGGUCACAGUCAGUGCCAACGGGCUGCUGGGAACUCACAGCUGGUUGCCGUACGAUAAAAACAUCUCCAAUUACUUCAGCUUCACCAAAGACUCCACUGUCUCCAACCCAAAGACGCAGCGCUACCUGUACGGUCCCUUCGCUCCGGGGGCAGAGUUGUCCUCCAAGACGUUGGUCGUCUCACACGACGGCAAACUCCUCUUCAGUGGCGGUCACUGGGACAACAGCUUGCGGGUCACCUCGCUGAGUAAAGGGAAGGUGGUGGGACACAUCAACCGCCAUCUAGGUGGACUGAAAGCAAAUCAGCAGAAUUUUCAUGGGCUGAAAGACAUGAAUUGA